GUCUAUUAAAAUAUUUUUAAUCACUAAGUAUUAACUACAAUUUAUGUAACAAGAAAUAUGAAAUUAUUAAAUCAAAUUAGAAAUAUCACACUACUAAUGUACCAUAAAUUUCAUAAUUUAUUUAAUUCAAAUAAUAAAUCUUUAGCAUAUUUUAUAAUUAUCAUGUUUAUUACAAUUUUGUAUUAUUCAAUUCUAAUGAAACUAAUAAAUCCUGAAGUUACAUAUAUAAUUGCUCCAACUUCAUCUGGGGUAUUUAUACAAUUUACAAACAAUUCAUUAUCAGCAAAUUAUACUACUGAAAUUGUGACACAUCGUAUAACUAGUUCAACCCCUAUAAUUACCACUAAAACUUUUCAUCCUCAACGCCGUCACCAUCAUCAUCACCAUCAUCGUCGUCGUCCACGUUAUGGUCACAAAAAAAUGAGAUUGAGAGAAGUAAAGUCAUUGAACAUCAUCAAGUCAAAGUUUCAAGUACAUUCAAGAUUAAAUUGGAAAAAUAAAAAAAAUAAUGAUGUUUUAUCACAAAAAUUUUUUCCUCCAUUAUAUCUUAAUCAUUCAUUUUGUUUAAAUCAAUCUAAUUUUCAUAUUGAUAAUGAAAAAUAUAUUAAAUUAAAAAAAUAUCGACAAAUUAUAAAUUUACCUAAUGUAUUAAGAGUAUUUAAUAUAAGUCAAUGGUUCAAAAUAAAGCCAACUAUAUGUCAAUCUAGUAAAAUAAAUUUAUUAAUUAUUAUAUUCUCUCCAAUAAUAGAUCAUUCAAUUCGUUAUAAAAUUCGUCAAACAUGGGGUUCAAUUAAAUAUAUUUUAAGUGAUACUAUUAUAAAUAAACAAUAUUUUAAUGGAUUAAAUAUUAUUGAACAUUUAUUUAUUGUUAAUAUUACAAAAUAUAAAUUUAAACAAAAUUCGAUUCAUAUUCAAAAUCUUUUAAAAGAAGCACAAUAUGAAAAAGAUAUUUUAAUUUUAUGUUUAAAUCAUUUACAAAAUAAUUUAGCUUCAUUAUAUCUUUUAACAAGUGAAUUCUUAUUAAAUUCUUGUAAACAUUCUAUAGAUUUUGUUUUAUUUAUUAAUCAAGAUUUAUUUCCUAAUUUAAAUGCUUUAAUACAAUAUACAAAUUCAAAAUUAUUACAUUUAACAUCGAAUACAUUAAAACAAAAUCAUAAUCCAUCUAUAUAUUGUAUACCAAUGAUACAAAAACAUAUUGAAUAUAAUAAACGAUUUAAUAAUUUAUAUAAAAAUAAUUUACCUAUAUGGCAAGGAAAUAUUUAUCCUACAUAUUGUGAUAUUAAAACUGGUGGUUUUUUAUUAUUAUUUAAAACAAUGAAACAAUGGUAUACAUGUUCUCAUUUAUAUAUACCAUUUAAUCCUAUACAAGUUUAUUUAACUGGUUUUAUAAGAUAUAUAGCUAAAAUUGAUAUUGAAAAUUAUUGGAUAAAUUAUUGGUCAAUUAGUAAUUUGUUACCAAGUGUAUCAUUAAAUAAGAAAAGUAAAAAAUAUUUAUUUUUUCAAAAAUCUAUUAAUCAAAAUAAUCGAGUAUGGAAAAGUGUAUUUCGUGCAACGUUGAGUUGAUAACACCAUAUAUAUGUAUGUACUUUUCUUCUGAAUCUUACUUUUGUUUCCAUUGAGUGGAAAUAUAUUAAUUCAAAUUAAUGAGUCAUUUGAAAUAAAAAUAUAAAUCAAAUUUAUUAUUUAUUUACUUACUUACUGAUGGAUAGGACAUACAUUAAGGAA